AUGUAUUUUUCCCCAGCUUCAUCACCAGUCACGCCCGGUAUCGAAUAUGCUGAAUCAAAAGAAACUCACCAAGACAAAUCGCCUGCGCAACAAAUUUACGCAACUCCCUUGCCGCAAAUAGCCAAGAUCUCUGAUGUGCUGACAGGGCAAGGACCACCCUACCAAGCGGCUAUUGCUAGCCACCUCUACGCCCCUGUGUCCAUUUACCAAGCGAGGCUCGGCACCCCGACAACUUACGAAGUAUCCCCUCCGAUAGCAUCGCAAUUAGCCUAUUCCGAGCACAAGAUAUCGUACCAACCGCCGCAAAACGCCAUACAAUACACUCAGCCACUACAAUACAACCAGAAACUACAGGCCCCCAAACAAGCAAAUUUCGCCAAGCCAAUUAAUUAUCAACAACCUUACCAACAACAAAUAUUAAUACAGCCACAGCCAGCGUUAUAUUCUCAUCAACCACAAUUAGUGCCACAACCUAUUUAUCGGCAUAUUGCUCAAUUUCCUAUCCAAAUACAAAGACCUGUGCAGUAUAUUCAAAAUGCUGUACCCUCUCAACAAUACGUACAACAGGCAGUUUAUCCCCAAGAACAACAGAAUCUAAUUCAAGUCCUGCCUGCGCAGCCAGGUAUUACCUACGUUGGUGAAGAGCCCAAUCAUGCGAAUAAUGAACAGCAACAUGGUCAAGAAUCUAAAACAGAAGAGCAGCGAAAUGAUGGCGAAACUUAUGAAAAACAAGCUCCAUCACAUGAAGAGAAACACAAUGUUCAAUCUCAAGGAGCAAUAAGUUACGCAAGCUUCUCACAGAGUCCGCCAACACCUUCCUUUGUACAACAACGUGAACAAUACCAGCCAAAGCCUCAAUAUCAAGUACAGCAGUUAUAUCGAGUGCAAGUUCAACCGCAACAGCAGCAACAACAGUUAGCAAUUCAACCACAAAUCCAAUACCAGAAUCAACAAGUUCAGCUACAAAAUGUCCAAAACGGCCAUUCCAAAACUUCUCAAGAAAGCAUUUCUACUGCUUCCACAAAAACUCUUCCAGUAAAUCCUGCAAGGCAUAUUUCCUACUUAAGACCUGGACCUAUGUUUACUCACAUACAACCUCAGUUAUAUCAGCAAAACCCUAAAUAUCUGAUCCAGACCCCUCAACCAGCUUCUGUACCUUUAGCAAGUCCAGCUUUUCCACCUGUUCAAUACUUCGGGAAAUUUGCUCAAUCAAUCUUCGGUGGCUAUCAACACCAAUAG